AUGUAUUUUGUCCUGUCCAUUCCUCUUUCUUACUCUCCUCUCUCUCUUUCUCUCUCUCCAGAAGUACGAUGCCCCUCCCAACAGGUAGAUGACUGGAAGUUCCCUCAGACGGCCAGACACAACAUCACAGGUAAAUGACACACACACACACACACACAAACACACACACAAACACGAACACACACACACACAAAACACAGUUAAUAAGACAGUUAGUACCACUCACCUUGUUUAUCCUGUCUGAUCUACUGUGGCUCCUCUCUGUGAUUGAUUACUCUGCCUGGCUUGAGGAUUAAUGUGGUGAUGGAUGUGAUGCAGGUUUCAAUCUGGUGCGACGCUUCUCCCUGCUCAAGACAGCAAUGGUCAAGAAGAUCCGUAACCCCCGAGGACCCGUCAUCCUCCGACUGGGCAAGACAGCGCUCAUCCACCCCACAGAGUAUGUCCCCUCUCUCUCUCUCACUACCCUGUCUCCCCCUCUCUCUCGCCCUCCCUCCCUCCCUCUCUUUUCCAAUCUCAUCGGCCCCACAGAGUAG